AUGGGCUAUUAUGAUAUAGAUGACAUCCUUUCGGAUGCUACGAAGUUCCCUUGCAGGUUCAACUAUAGCAUACCUGGGCUGGGAUACUUAGAAGGUAAUGUCGGCAAUCCGAUACAAAAGAACGCCAAAAUUGAACUACCACUCUGGUUGGCACGAGUAUUGGCAAUUAUAGGUGCAAAUGCCGAUGAAGACAGUGAAGAUGCAUUACCUUUCCUGGAACUUAUGACACCUGAUAUGCUAUCCACCCGGGUCAUGAAUGCAAUAAAAUCGAAUCCGGUUUCGCUUGAUGUCCACUCUAUAAAUUCACAUUUUUACGCGUUAGCAACGAAAUGGGCCACGCUAUUUAACGAUGCAUUGCUGGUCAAAAUACUAAAUGUUAUGAUUCUGGAACGGUCUCAAGAAAUAAAUAAUCAUGCCGCUAGUGUUUCAAUUGAUUCCAUGGUGAAAAAUGACCCGGGUAUGUUCUUACUUACACUUGAUGAAUCUGAGAAGCAAUUGUAUAAAGAUAGUCACAUAAGUUGCAAGGAAAUGAAACAGUGGAUGAUUCGAAGGUGA